AUGGCGUCGGAUCACGAAAUUCCGCUCCUCCCGUCGCCGUCAUCCCGCCUCUCUCCCUCCUCUCGCGCGCAUCUUACGAACGUCGCGGGGGACUCGAGCCGCAAUUCCCGGUUCCGCCGGCACACCGCGUGGGUGCUGUUCACCUUAGCAGCCGUGCUGCUCCUUCUCUUGCUCGAGCUCGAAAUCCUUCCCCUGCCUUCGUACCACUCGCGUUCGUACACGUCAGAGUCCUACGUGGCUCAUUCUCAGCCACGUGGUCCCGCGGAACCGCGCAGUCUAGAAUCCGCGUUAGGUCCAUAUGCGAAUUUCGAUCCUUCCGGUCGUUUUCGUGAAGGGGAGAGUGCUUAUAACGAAGGCUGGAAGAACGCGGAGGAAUGGCGCAAGCGGGCUGCGCAGCUCCCCCGGCUGCGCGCGGAGCAGAGGCGCGCGCGGAAGGCGCAAAGGCAUGUGGGGAAACCGCCUGGCGAUGGCGCAGGGGGGAGCGGAGGGGGAGGCGUGGGGUUGCGCCUGUGGCCCAUGCCGGCGGAAAUAGCGGCGGAAGGAAGCGGAGAGGUAGUAGUCAGCCCGAACCUGAGGCUCGACAUUAGCUUCGGCGGAGUGUCGAGCCUGCUAGACGGGGGAAAGCGGGAGGAGAAUGCGGAGGUGCUGCGACGCGCGUUCGAACGGUACCUUGGGAUCAUCUUCGCGCAUGAUUAUUCGCGGCGGCGCGGCGCGCAGAGCCAUGGCGGCUCGGAGAGGCGCCGGCUGGGGGGAAGAAACGCGGCGGAAGAGGGUUGGAAGGCGGAAGGGGGAGGAGACGAGGCGGAACGGAAGGGGGGUGAAAAGGAGGGAAAGGGGGAAGAGGAGAGUGGAGCGAAGGGGGAGGGAGAGGGAUUGGAGGAGGGGGAGGAGGGGGUAGAGGUGGUGGAGUGGGUGAGAGUGCACGUGGAGGACGCAGAAGCAGAGCUGCACAUGGGAGUGGACGAGAGCUACGAGUUGUCCAUCCCACAGGCAUCGACACCAUCAUAUGAUGCUGUUGAUGCGGCACAUGAUGCGGCACAUGAUGCGGCACAUGAUGCGGCACAUGAUGCGGCACAUGAUGCUGCUCAUGAUGCUGCUCAUGAUGCUGCUCAUGAUGCUGCUCAUGAUGCUGCUCAUGAUGCUGCUCAUGAUGCUGCUCAUGAUGCUGCUCAUGAUGCUGCUCAUGAUGCUGCUCAUGAUGCUGCUCAUGACGGCAACACAAACGCACGCCAGGGCCAUGCCACCACUCACGCCACCAUUCGGGCCAACACCACCACCGGAGCAUUGCGAGCGCUGGAGACCCUCUCCCAGCUCUGUGUAUUCGACUUCGUGGCUCGCCUGGUCACUAUCCGGGGCGCGCCCCUUCUCAUCCGUGAUGCCCCCCGCUUUCAGCACCGCGGGCUGCUCAUAGACACGGCGCGGCACUUCCUGCCAGUACCAGUGAUGGAGAGGGUUAUUGACUCCAUGGCCUAUGCCAAACUCAACGUUCUGCACUGGCACAUGGUGGACUCACAGUCUUUCCCCAUUGAGACGCCCUCCUUCCCUCGCCUCUGGCUCGGAGCUUUCUCUCCCGCUGAGCGCUACACCACUGAUGACAUGCGCCACAUCGUGCAAUACGCGGAGGAGAGGGGGGUGAUGGUGGUACCUGAACUCGACUCACCUGCACACGCUGCCUCAUGGGGAGUGGGCUAUCCCCCACUCCUGCCGUCCGCUGCCUGCCCUGAGCCUCUCGAUGUCUCCAACCCUUUCACCUUCCAGCUCAUCAGAGGGGUGCUGCAAGACCUCCGUGCAGUCUUCAAAAGCUCCCACAUUCACCUGGGGGGAGACGAAGUCAGCUUUGAGUGCUGGAAUUCAUCUCCCACCAUAAGUGCAUGGCUGCAGCAGCAGAAUCUGACAGCAGAGGGCGCGUAUGGGUACUUUGUGAGGCGAGUGCAGGCCUUGGCCGUGGAGGCUGGAUGGGAGACUGCUGUCGUGUGGGAGGAGCCGUUUAAGGUGUUCGGUGCUGACCUAGAUCCAGCCACCACCAUCGUGCAGAACUGGUUUGACACGGCUCUGCCGCCCGCAAUCGUGCAGUCUGGAUUCCGCAUGAUCUUCAGCAAUCUCAACCUCGGCUGGUACCUUGACUUCGUUGACCGCACAUGGAAUGAGGUGUAUUCUCAGGAGCCGACAGCAGGGGUGGCAGAGGCGCUGCAGCACCUGGUGGUGGGCGGCGAGACGUGCAUGUGGGGGGAGCGGGCCUAUGUGGACUCGCAUCCCUCUGAGGCACACACGCGCCUGCACAUGUUCCGCUGCCUGCUCACAUCCCUCCGUUCCACCCAUCCCUCUCUUCCCAUCUCUCUUGCUUUCUACCCAGAACGCCUCUGGUCAACGCGGGCAUAUGUGGACUCGCAUCUCUCUGAAGCACACACGCGCCUGCACCUGUUCCGCUGCCUGCUCACAUCCCGCGGCAUAGAGGCCGCUCCGGUUGACAAUGCCUACGCACGCUCCCAGCCCCCCUUCCCUGGUAGCUGCUAUCGCCAAUAA